AUGUUGUGGAUAUUGGACAACAUAUUUAAUAAAUUAUGCUCAAAACUAACGGAUUUUAUGUUUUUGAAUAUAGUUGAUAAUCCCUUAGAAAAAGGUUGUCGAUCCCCUAAUCGGCAUUUUGUCAACAAAACAGAAAAUAAUAAAUUAAAGUACUUUAAAAUGAAGUUUUAUUGCCUUAGUAAUGAUCCUGUUCAUGCCUGUUAUGUUCUUUCAUUUAAAGAAUUGAUGAUUAUGUUGGAUUGUGGACUUGUAAUGGAGACAGUUUUGAACUUUCUUCCUUUGCCACUUGUUCAGAGCUCAAAAUUCUCGACAUGCUCAAACUGGAACCACCCAAAACUGAAUGACGGUGAAUUAAAGAAAGCUGGAAAUAACAUAUUUAUAGACUCAUCACCAGAAUUUCAGCCACCUCUUGCAAAAAUCAUUGAUUUUUCUGAAAUAGACGUAAUCUUGAUCUCAAAUUACAUGAAUAUGUUGGCACUGCCAUACAUCACUGAAAAGACAAAUUUUAAAGGAAUUGUUUAUGCUACAGAACCAACAUUACAAAUUGCAAGAUUCUUCUUAGAAGAGCUUGUUGAGUAUAUUGAUACAACGCCUAAACCAAAUCAGGCAAGCAAAUGGAAAGAAUUCUCAGAAUUUCACAACCUGAAUAAUCUCAAUUUAGAACUACAUCCUUUAAAAUGGAAGAAGCUCUUUACAUUAGAUGAAGUCCACAAGUCAUUGUCACGCGUACAAAUUGCUGGAUUUGAUCAAAAGAUUGAUGUAUUUGGAGCACUGGAAGUGAAACCUGUAAGUUCUGGAUAUUGUUUAGGAAGUGCCAAUUUUGUGUUAUCAACUGGUCUCGAAAAGAUAUGCUACAUCAGUGGAUCAUCAACUUUAACAACACAAGCAAAGCCAAUCAAUCAAAAUGCUCUGAAAAAUUCUGAUGUGAUUAUCAUGUCUGGACUUACUCAAGCACCACAUAUUAAUCCUGAUGCUAUUUUAGGGGAUUUAUGUUUGAAUGUCGUCUUGACACUAAGGAACAAUGGAACAGUAUUGAUUCCGUGCUAUCCAAGUGGUGUGAUAUAUGAUUUGUUUGAGAUUCUAUCACAAAAACUAGAUGAUAGCGGAUUAUCAACUAUUCCAAUGUACUUUAUAUCACCUGUUGCUGAGCACUCUCUGGCUUAUUCCAACAUCUUGGCAGAGUGGCUGUCAAGUACAAAGCAAAAUAAAGUCUAUAUACCCGACGAGCCAUUUCCUCAUGCCAAUUUAGUCAAGAAUAAUCGCCUCAAAUUCUUCAAACACAUUUAUUCAGAAGGUUUUAGUGCUGAAUUCCGACAGCCAUGCGUCAUCUUCUGUGGUCAUCCAAGUCUACGAUUUGGCGAUAUUGCACAUCUAAUUGAGCAAUACGGAAGCAACUCAAAUCAUACAAUAAUUUUUACGGAACCAGAUUUUCCAUUUCUUCAAGCACUAGCACCAUAUCAUCCACUAAACAUGAAAGUCGUUUAUUGUCCAAUAGAAACGUCACUUAAUUUUCAACAAGCGAAUAAGUUAAUUAAGGAUUUAAAAACUGAGGUGUUAGUCAUUCCAAAAGUAUACACAAAUCCACCAAAUAUAGCACCUAAUCGUGAUGAUUUAGUCAUUGAUAGACAAAUUGCAAAACAAAUAAUUACAUUCAAGUGCGGUGACUGCAUUAAACUUCCAUUAAAGCGCAAGAAGAAUCAAGUAUUUGUUGAUCCUGAUGUUGCACUGUCUGUAAUUCCACAAGAAGUGAUGAAUGGAGUAAAAUUAGCACCACUUUCAGGCAUAUUGGAUGUAAAAGAUAACGUCUAUAAUAUUCGUAGUGUUGACAUGAAUUGUAUUGAAGGAGUUCCAAAGCAGUUACUAAAUAGUUUGUUUAAGAAGCAAGUAUCUUAUGAGUAUGGAACAAUGAAUCAAAUGGAUAUUGACAUGUUUCUCAACAAGUUGAAGCAGGAAGGAAUUACAGACAUAAAAACGUCACAGACAAAUGAAAAUGAUGGAAUUUUAACGACAAAAAUUAAGUUAAUUAAUGAAGAUAUUUCUAUUGACAUUUCGGACAAAGGCACUCACAUUCAUUGCGGUGAAGGCAAGCAAAAUUUGAGAAUUAAAAUACGCGAUGCACUUUUGUCUUGCCUUAAUAAGUUCUAA